AUGAGCAUGAAUUGGCAAUUUAAAGCGGACCAUCCUCUCGAGCAACGAAUGGCCGAGAGCAGCAAGAUCCGCUCCAAGUACCCCGACAGAAUCCCCGUCAUCGUCCAGAAAGUCGAAACCUCCAACAUCGAGCGCAUCGACAAGCGAAAAUACCUCGUUCCCUCCGACAUCACCGCCGCCCAGUUCAUGUGGAUCAUCCGAAAGCGCAUCAAUCUCGAUGCCGAGCGGGCGAUCUUUCUGUUCGUUGACAAGAUGGUGCCGCAGUCAAGGUUCGUUCAGUCUUCCGUUGAGCAAUGUGACUCAGAUUCGGACUCGCAGAACUCGGAUUCUUGCGAGUCUCAAUCGGGAAAAGUGCGCGUCGCAUUUACCUGGACCAUGGGCGAGCUCUACCAGCAACACAAGGAUGAAGAUGGCUUUCUGUACGUAGCCUAUUCCGGUGAAAACACCUUCGGCAGCUGUUAG